GUGAGAGAGAGAGAGAUCGAGAGUGAACGAGAGGAGAGAGAGCGACGACCGUCAGGGUCCGGGUGCCUGAGGGACGGACGACACGGAGAGGGGGAGGACAGAGUGAGCGAGUGAUCGUUUGACCAACCGACCGACCGACAGACAGCUUGAAUGAAGCCACACCUGGUGCUUCUGAGGGCCUUUCCCAUGUUUUGAUUUGUUCCAUUUUUUACUUUGUACACUUGGUUUCACUGAGCCGCUCCUUGCCAUGCCGUCCAACAGUCCCGCCGCCACCGAGCCGCCCCAGACACCAGAGAACGACGCCUCCAAUGAUGUGAGUGAAGAUGGAGCAGACCAGGACAGUCCAGAGGAGGGGACGCCAGCGAGCCCCCGCAACAAGCGCAGAGUGGGCCGCCCUGGCAGGAAACGCAAACAGCUGCUUCCUGAGAUGGCGACCUCUGACCCCUGUGCAAAUGCCCCCCCAACCCCGCCUGAGGAGCCGGAGGCCUCCCCCUCCCCUCGCAAGAAGCGCGGGCGUCGGAAACUAGAGCAAACCGAGAGGAAUAAGGAUGAGCCAGACGACAGAAACUGCGACUCCCCCAGAGAGGGUGAGACUGGGAGGCUGCGGAGGAGGCCAGUCCCCAGAGUGACUUUCCAGGCUGGCGACCCGUACUACAUCAGUAGGAGACAGAGGGAAGAAUGGCUCAGCCGCUGGAAGAUGGAGGUGGGAGAGAAUCAGGUCUCUGUCUGUGUGAAUUUAUAGAACAGUAACAUGGAGGCUUGUAUUUCUUUUGAAGAGGCAAAUCAAAAUGAAAAGGCUUCAAGUAAACACGUCAGUCAGAGUAAACUAGGCCGGUUUGAAUUGGGUGACGCUUUUGGCAGAGUGUCAUUUUUCACAUAAACACUCCUCUGGAUUACUACUUUUUAAUUACGGAAUAUCUUUAUUCUCAUAUACUGUAUAGCUGCAUUGGAUCUGUAGUUGGGUGCUCUGUAUUGGAAAGCAUUCAGAAUACAGCUAGAGACGAAAUCCCUUUGAGAAAUUAAAUCAACCUUCACAACAGAAUUACACUGCACUUUGCACUGGGUGAUAAUUGCUUAAGAUGUUAACGCUAUUGAAUGUGUUAGGGAUAUUAACUCAGUAUAUGCCAUUUCUGUUAAAUGUUCAUUUUACUCAAAUAAAAUCAGAGAGCAGUCAUAAAAAAUAACUUAUGAACAUCAUUUGUGCUGCGUAAAAAUGUCCACUGCUACACUCUCACUGCGACAUACAGUUGUAUGCAAAAAAAUUUGGGCAAAUUACACAUUUUGUUGAUUUGUUAAUAACACCUGCAGCAAACAGACAUUAAAAAUGACCCUUUCUUUGAGUUUUAGUGCACUGUUAAUUUCUAUUUAAUAUACUAGAACUCCACUUGUUGGAACCUGUAAGUGGAGAUUAAACCAAAAGUGAAUCACAAUAUAGUAAAACACAGCUGUAAAAAUGUAAAAUACUCUUCAUAGGAGAAGUUAUGAUUGCUGAAAACUA